GUCAUAUGAUUUCCAAGAUGAGGGGAGGAGAGAUAUGCUUGCAGAGUUGCCCCUGAGAUUGAAACAAUCUCAGCACUCUGAAGAAACAAAAGCAGAAACCAGGUCGUUUAGACGUUCUGCAUCAGUUCGUGACCAUUUCCGAAUAACUUUUGGAAACUACUGUUAUUCUUUAAUCCGUCACAUUUGCCUUCUUUUUAUUUGCAGCAAAGCGCUUUUCACACGAUAACCUGCAGUAUAGACGUUUCAAAAGUUCAGGCGGCACCGUUUUUCACAGCUUCGCGCCAUGCAGAGUGUUACCUCGGAAGGUCCGUAAAUGUAUUUGUAUUCUUUGUUAUGAAAGAGGUGCACCAGAGAGCAUGGUUGACAAGGAGGAAUUGGAAGUAAAACUGAAAAAACUUGUCGUGAGAUUAAAAAAUAUACACGAACGAAAGCAGCUGGGAACUUUGGUGCAGAUCAUUGAAGAUCUUCUCUAUCUGACACACUGCGAUGAGUGGGCAAUAGAUCUGUUUGAAGACAAGGAAGUCCACUCCCCUCUGAUGGUGGUGCUAUCAUCUUACAUCAAAAGUCAUGAUGUGCAGCAGGUGGGGUGGUCACUCCUCUGUCGACUGUUGGAAAUAUGCCCUGGAACCCUGGAGAAGCUGGCAAGGCCACUGAGUGCUGGCAAGGACUGGGAGGUACUGGGAAUACACAAGCAGAUCCACAAUGUGUUGUCAGAGCACAGUGGACAGUGCAAGGUCAUCACGGUGGGACUCCGAGCGUUGACACUUCUCCUAAAAUCAGAUGCGAUCAUGUUGACGUUUUUGGAGGACGAUAUGGACAUCUUUGACUUGAUUCUGGGCGCAAUGACAAGUUUCAGCACGAAUGAGGAGGUUCAGGCCUAUGGCUGCAGAUCUUUGCAGCUGCUUCUAGAUUACGUCCCAGAUGUACACCGAGUGGAGUUUGUAGAGAGAGGGGACCACAGCGUGGUUCUGAGUGUGGCUAGAACAUUCCUGGGCAAUGAAAAUAUGGUUCUACAGGCGCUGAAGGUUCUCCUGCCCUUAGCAGGCCCAGCCUGUAAUGUGGAAAUCCUGGUGUCAGGAAAUGAACGAUGCUACAGUGUGAUAAACCAGGUCAUGGAGGCUUUCCCACACCACCAACCCCUGCAGGAAGUCGGCUGCUGCCUGUUCCACAAAUUCAUCGUUUUAGAACGAUACUACAACAUCCUGGUUCUGAAUGGAGUGCACAGGAUGGCUGCGACAGCAUGCCUCAUGUACCCAGAAAAUGCACAGCUGCAAAUUGCUGCUCUGUCGUGUUUGGCUGCCCUCACUGAAACGAUAGUACAGAAUAAAAGUCUUGCGGAAGAGGAGGAACAGGAGGAGUUGUCCUGGAUGGAUGCCUGCUGCACAGCAAUGGAACGUCACACCGCUGAUCCUCAGGUCCAGGAGGCUGCAUGUUUGGCUCUAAACAGCCUUCUGGUUCAGGAACCUCGGCUUCGCCAGCGCUUUGCGGAUCAAGACGGGAGGGCCCCCAUUCACAGGCAGGUGAUGGCUGUCAUGCUGCUGCACUCUGACUGUCUGGGGCUGCUUCAGGCUGCGGCCGAGACACUGGGAACGCUCAUCGACCGCGACAGUAAAAUCCCAUCUCUCUUGCUGUCCAAUGGGCUCCACAUCAACAUUUUGGAAAUAAUGAAGAAGCACAGCUCCUCCCCUCUAAUCGCAGAAAGUUUGUGCAGGUUGCUUCACAAACUCUUCCAGAGACGAACUUCAAGUCUGGAUGAGGUUGUCAUGGCCAUGAAUGAGAUCCUGAGGGCCAUGAAGAUCCAUAAUUUCCUGCCUAAGGUCCAGCUGGAGGCCCUAAGGGCCAGCCUGACCUUCCUCAGCCCUGACAGAAGAUUGCGGGAACAUGGCGUCUCGGUGGCAGACCCCGACAUGGCAGACAUCUCACUGAAGGUGUUGAAAAACCAGUGUGUGGUGGAGGGUGCUCACACUGUGUUCUUACAAGCUCUGAACCGGUUUAUCGAUAGUCCAGAUAUCCAGGAUUGUGGGUUGAGAGUUCUCACUGCACUGGCUGACUGCUCUGGUGCAGUGGACCUGAUGUGCCAGCAGGGGGCGAUAGAUACAGUUCUACACACACUCCAGAUGUUCCCCGGAGAGAGAGAUAUACACUACGGGGGACUAAGUCUGCUUCAGUACCUCAUAGCCAAGAAGAAUUUAUCCGUAAUGAUUGUCCCCGUUUUGGCAUCUGUUAUUGUGGACACUCUGACGCAGUACAGAGAGGAUCGAGAGAUGCAGCUGAAGGGCUUCCAGGUGGCGUGGAAGCUGAUGGACACCUGUUCAGAUGCAGCCUUGGAGCUGGAGAGGCAGGCGUUUGACAGAGAACUCUUCCUGCAGCUGAGAGACAGCCUCUAUGAACUGCGGACUGACCCGCUGCACAAGGCGAUUUGCUUGUGCCUCUCCAAGAUGGCUGCCGAUAGUAACAUCAGAUAUGUCAUGCUGGAAAAGGCAUGCUUGGACGGCGAUUUCAUCAUGGCAGAAUGUCUGAUUGAUCUUGGGGCUGACAUCAACAGGAAAACCAAGACAGAGUCUCUUAUCUACCAGGUGUGUGAGAACGGUGGCCCCCUGGAGCUGGUGGACCUCCUGCUGACCAGUGGGACCCAUGAGCAGCACCUGCGCAGUGCACUGACCGUCAGCGUCCACAAGGGGGACAGUCCCGUGGUUAGCCUCCUGCUGGGAAAGCUGGGGUUGGACCUGAACAACAACUCCCUCUGCCUGGGGGGCUUUCGCCUGGGGAACAUCGAGGCCUCCUGGCUGAUGCCCCUAUUCUCCGAGCGCAGGUCUCCCAGCCUCCGGAGAGUGAACAGUAAAGGUGGCUCCCUGGCCAAGCAGGUGAAAUCCUGUCAGAAAAGAAGAGCUUGUUCUCAGCAGAGGAUGACUGACACACACUCUGGGUACAUCUCAGAAGAGAGUGACGACAGCAGCCUCUUCUCUUUGGAUGACAGCUUGGUCUGGAACGAGGACAUGGCGAGUGAUGGAAGUGCUUCAAAUUCUACAGGAAGUGAUGGACUCCCUCGCGUAACGAGUCCCCAUUGUGACAUGCGCGAGGAGUUGACUGGACAGUUAGUGAACCAACAGCAACAAUGCCGCAAACAUGCUAGUGCAGAGGGAGGAAACUCUGAUUCGGAACCAAAUGAGCUUCGUCAGCAGGGAUGUGUGAGGAUUUCUCCAAAUCAAAGAGGUAAUAAUUCCCUUCUCCUGGGGUCGGUGGAGAACCCCUCGAUAUUAAGUCCCACCUCUCUGGGUGGGGACCGAGAACGCAUUCGGCUGUUGGACCUUUCAGGGAAUGAGCUGGACUCUCUGUGCUGCUUGAUGGGAGAGGGUCUACUCCAACAGCACCUGGAGCACCUGAUCCGGCUCGAGCUGAGCCAAAACAACCUGGUGGAAAUCCCCUCUGGCCUUUGUGAGAGUCUGAGAAGCUUGACACGUCUGGAUCUCCAUAGUAAUCGUCUGCAGUCCCUGCCAGAGGGAAUAUUGCACCUGCCUGCACUGAGCAUGCUCAAUGUGUCCAGGAACUGUGUGGGGCCGCUACUCUCUCUGGACCCUACUGCUAGGUGUCCCUCCCUGAGACAGCUCAACCUGGCCUUCAACCACGUCACUGUUUUCCCAGACCAGCUGACCCAUGUCCUCAGCAAACUGGAAGAGCUCUCCUUUGAAGGGAAUAAAAUUACAGAGCUCUAUUCCCCUCUCUGCCUGCCUGAAUUGAAGCAUCUGGACGUCAGUAAAAACAACAUUGAAAAGAUUUCUCAGGACUUCUUGUCCGGCUGUGUCAAGUUAGAGACAUUCACCGCAUCAGUGAAUAAGCUGUCUAAAUUGUCACUUUUGCCGUCAAAGAUAACAACAUUGAAAUUGUCUCACAAUACCUUCACCUGCAUUCCAGAUGGAAUUAUCCAGCUUCCAUGUUUACGAUCGGUGGACUUGAGAAACAAUGACAUCAAAGUCCUCCCAGGACCCUCGGCAUGGGCGUCGGCCAAUCUCAGAGAGCUGAUCUUCAGCAACAACCGGAUCAGUGUUCUGGAUCUCAGCGGACCGGUCUGCAAAUGGUCCAGGCUGGAGAAGCUGCACCUUGCCAAUAACAAGCUGACAGAGAUUCCCCCACAGAUUGGGCUGCUUGAAGACCUGACCUCUCUGGAUGUCAGCCGGAAUGCCGGCUUGCACUCCUUUCCGGAUGAGAUGGGGAAGCUAGGGCGACUGUGGGACCUGCCCCUGGACGAGCUUCGGCUCGGACUGAACCUCAAGCUCAUCGGCAACAAGACCAAGGACAUCGUCAGGUACCUGCAGCAGCGCCUGAAGAAGGCUGUGCCAUACCACAGGAUGAAGCUGAUCGUCGUGGGGAAUUUUGCGAGUGGGAAGAGCACGCUGGUCCAGCAGCUGAUGAAAAUGAAGUUGCGGGCCGAACGGCCCUCUGUGGCCAUCGAUGUCAGAGACUGGGCCAUCCGGGACAGGAAGAACAUGGUCCUGAAUGUGUGGGAUUUCUCAGGAUGGGAGGAGUACCACAGCUCGCACCCCCAUUUCAUGACCCAAAGGGCGCUGUACCUGGUCGUGUACGACAUGAGUAAGGGGGAGUCCGAGGUGGACGCCAUGAAACCAUGGCUCUUUAACAUCAAGGCUGCGGCUCCCCUAUCCCCUGUUUUUCUGGUUGGCACACACGCGGACGUGAGUGAGGAGCACCAAGUUCUGGCGUGUGUGACAAAGAUCCGUGCGCAGCUACUAAAUCAGCAGAGCUUCCCUGUGAUCCGAGAUCACUACAUGGUGACCGCCCAUGAAGAGUCCGACUCCGUGAGCAGACUGCGCAAGUCCAUCAUCAGUGAGGCGGCCAGCUUUAAGAUCCAGGGUCAGCCUGUCAUGGGUCAGCUCAUCCCGGAAAGUUACCUGGAGCUGGAGAAGAGGGUCCUGAUAGAAAGGACGAGAGUGGCCCUGCAGUUUCCUGUCCUCAACCAGCAGAACCUGCUGGAGAUCAUCCAGGACAACCAGCUGCAGCUGAAAGAGAGCGAGCUGCCCCAUGCUGUCCACUUCCUCAACGAGGCUGGCAUCCUCUUGCAUUUUGAUGACACUGCCCUCCAGCUUAAGGGCCUCUACUUCAUAAACCCACAAUGGCUGUGCGGUAUACUGUCCCAGAUAUUGACACUGAAGUGCCCUGGAGUUCCAGGCCAACCCAAAGGAAUCAUAUAUCGCUCUGUGGUGGAGAAGUUCCUUACUGAGAGCAAGUGCUUCCCCAAAACACACAUCGCUCAGUACUUCAAGCUCCUGGAGAAAUUCCUGAUCGCCUUGCCAUUUCAAAAAGACCAGCUUCUCAUCCCCAGCAGCUUGUCAGAUCACAAGCCAGUGAUCGAGCUCCCUCACUGUGAGAAGUCGGAGAUGAUUGUUCGCCUGUACGAGAUGCCUUAUUUCCCCAUGGGCUUCUGGCCCCGGCAGAUCAACCACCUGCUGGAGGUGUCAUCCUCCCUGUCCUUUGGAGACGUUUCAGAAAAGGCCCAUCCACCAAAAAUGAUUUAUUGGAGGAGGGGGGUCUACCUUAGCUGGUCUUCUGAGGCAUACUGCCUGGUGGAGUCUGCUUCCCUGGAUAACUCUGCAGAGAGCUUUGUCAGGAUCAUCGUACCCUGUUCCUGCAAAGGUCGUGCUCUGCUGGGUCAGGUGGUUGACCACAUUGACUCAGUCCUGGAGGAGUGGUUCCCUGGCCUCCUCACCACCGAUAUCCAUGGUGAGGGCGGGACACUGCUGAAGAAGUGGGCGAUGUACAGCUUUGGGGACGACCAGGACUGGAGCAAAAUGCUUCUGGAGGACCUCUUCUCACAAGACUUAGACUAUCUCUUGGUGAAUCCUCAGGAUCCGCGGUCCACGAUUCCCAUCUCCCAGAUUUGCCCAGAUCUGGUUCUGAGUGAUCAGCCUGCUAGUGUGAUCCUCAACCGUGAAGAGCUGGAGAUGGAAGAGUCUAACGAGUACCUCCUGGGGGACGGAGGCUUCGGCUCCGUCUAUCGAGCAGUGUAUAGAAAUGAAGACUGUGCAGUGAAAAUUUUCAACAAGCAUGCAUCGAAAAUCUACCUCCACAGGCUCCUGAGACAGGAGCUGGCGGUGUUGGGGCGGCUGCGUCACCCCAGCCUGGUGUCCCUCCUGGCUGCCGGGACAUACCCACAUAGGCUGGUCAUGGAGCUGGCCCCCCGUGGGUCCCUGGACUCGCUGUUCGAGCACGAGAACGGCAGCCUCCACCGCAAGCUGCAGCACAGGAUCGCCCUGCAUGUGGCGGACGGACUCAGGUUUCUUCACUCAUCUUUGAUAAUUUACCGAGACCUGAAGCCUCACAACGUGCUGCUGUUCAACCUGAAGACGGACUCAGAGGUCAUUGCCAAGAUCACUGACUACGGCAUUGCCCAGUAUUGCGGGAGCAUGGGGGUCAGGACCUCAGAGGGAACUCCUGGUUUCCGAGCGCCCGAGGUUGCUCGUGGCAACGUGAUCUAUAAUCAGCAGGCGGACGUCUUCUCCUUUGGCCUCCUGCUGUAUGACCUCCUGACCUGCGGGCAGCGUAUAACAGAUGGGAUGAAGUUCCCCAGCGAGUUUGAUGAGAUCGCCGUUCGGGGGAAGCUCCCGGAUCCGGUGAAGUACUAUGGCUGUAGCCCGUGGCCUAGGUUGGAGAGUCUGAUGAGGGAGUGCUUAAAGGAGAACCCCCAUGAUAGGCCCUUAUCUCGACAGGUGUUUGACAGGCUGAACUCAGGAGAGCUGUUGUGCCUGAUGAAGGAGGUGAAGGUGUGCGGGGUGUCCAGUGCUGAGUGUUUUGCAGUGUCCUGUGAAAGUGGGCAACCGCUCGUUUGGGUUGGAGGUGGGAGCAGCAGCCAGAGGCGGGGAUGUGUAGCCUCUGUGGGGCUGGGAUCUGGGAAACCCACCUCUCACGAGGUUGACCAUCGUCCCGUCCUGUGCCUGGCGACAGUACGGAUCCCAGGGGACUCGUUCGACUGGAUGGUGGCAGGAACGCAGUCUGGCGCUCUGAUAGUCAUCAGCACAUUGGACCCAUCAAAACAACAUCAUCUGCAGUGUGUCACUGAUGCGGUGACCUCACUCUUCUACCACUCACCCCCUCAACAUAGCAAAAAGAAGAAGUAUUUGUUAGUGGGGACUGCAGAUGGAGUGCUGGCUGUUUAUGAAGAUUCAGUGAUUCGGUGUGAGGACGGUCAGCCCAUGAAGACAGUCCAGAUAGGGAACACCAACACUCCACUUAUGAGUCUGGCCUCGUCAGGCCACUCGCUGGACCGGACCACCGUCUGGGGAGGCUGUGGGACGCAGAUCUUGUCCUUCACCGACCACUACGAUGUCUGGAAGUCUAUCGAUACUAAAGAGAAACACAUGUACCCGCAGCAGAACAGGUGGAGCAGUGAAGCCAACAUCUCCCGUCUGGUGGUGGAGCAGCAGGUGUUCCUGAGCAGGGCAGGGGCACAGGUGGUGGAGGUGUGGGAUAAGAAGAGUGAGAGGAUGAGUGACCUCAUCGACUGCACACAGAUACUGGCGCACGGUAACAACAGGAGACCCAGGAAGCUGACCACAGAGAGGGUUCAGGAGGCUGGAGCCUCCUGGGCCAGUGUGAAGGCACUCCUAGUCCAGCCCAAUGCCACGCUGUGGAUUGGCACCAGAGGGGGUCACGUGAUCCUGGUGGAACUGACAACAUGCCAGCCACUACGCGUGUUUCGCCACUUGUGUCAGUCUGUGCGGAGCAUAGCAGUGGCAUAUGUCGAAACACUCAACCCAAAGAAUGUGGUGCUGCUUUUGGGAAGAAGAGGUAGACCACCCCAAGAUCAAGACAGCAGUCAGUGUGAUGAUGACUCUGUCCUUUUGAUGUGGAACAGUGCUCUUCCUGUGGAGGUUAGAGACCUUCUCAAACACAGCGAGAUGAGAUCAGAGAUUGCAAAUACAAUGACAGCAUCACUGUAUGACUGAGCUCUUGGACCGGAGCUACAUUUGGAAAGCAAUACCUGCUUGAAGAUUAGUUUGCUCCACAAAUGGGAAAAUUAGGUUUUUGUGUUUUUGCACAAAUAUAAAUUUGGAAUGCAUUGAAAAUUAAAAGGGACAGUUGUACCUCUGUUGGACAUUAAAAGUUCCAUUAUGAGCAACACAAAAAAACACUUUUACAAAGAAAGACAAAAUGCAACUGGCAAUGAUAUUUUUAAAGGUCCCAUAUUGUACACCUUUCCAGUAUUUUAUUUAGAUCCUGAUAUCUGUAAGAAGACUUUUUUGUGGUUUUAAGUACCAAAAACAGUCUCUCUCUCCAGUUCUCCAGCACCCCUCAUGAGCUUUACCAAGAACAGGCUGUUUUAGUGAAUGUGUCUUUAAGGCUCAUUGAUGUGAUUGGCUGGCUAUCUCCAACGACGGUAACUGAAUGCCGUCUGUACCUAGCGCUUGGAUUUAUGUGCUGAAGCAAAUGAGCGUAUCGUUAUGUCAUAACGAUACGCUCGGGAACGAAUAACUGACAUUUGAACGACAGACACACAUUUUCUUCAUGCUGAUUGUGUGGAUUUAUUUCGGGACUGCGUUUUGAUACUUUCACUGUGUUUUUAUAGCAGCUUCAACUCCUUUAUAAUCCACAUAGCAAUAUAAAUUUCCACAAUAUGGGACCUUUAAUUUAUUUAUGAAUUGUAAAAUAGCAUCUGGCAUGUUCUUGUACAUGUUAAGUACAUCCAGUGCUGUUGUCUGUUAGCAGGCUUAUCUGGAUGGCUUAGUGUUUACUGUAUGUAUACAUUGUACUUUGUUUGUGGUCACAAUAAACCGUGUUAUAAUGUGUUUAA